AUGUCACUGACUCUAAAAAUUUGCAAGAAUUAUCCUCCCCUUAGUCCCCUUUACGCUAUAGCUCGAAAUUAUUGUGAAAAAACCAUAUAUCAACGUGAUGAAGAAGGAGAAAAACCAAGAAAGGUACAUGGAAAAGUUUACGAAGAUUGGAGGAAGCCUUGGAUAAACCGAGAGGGAGAAUUUAGAAGCAAACUAUCUGUGUUUGUAGAGAAGAAUCCGAACCCAGAUAUUUUGUACGCUUUAUCAACAUUACCAAAUCUGAAACUAAAAACAGCUAAAAGUUGGUGGUCUAACUUAAAAAAACUACAAGAAAUAGAGAAUCAGAAGUACUUGACUGAUAGAGUCGCGACACUGGGAUCUAAUCUAGCUGCUAUACAUUUCUUUACUUAUCGUCAAGCUGCAGUGAGGUUGAGGGGCUCUAAUAACUGGAUAUAUGGAGAUGCAACCACACUAAAGCUACCAAAUCAAUAUGAAGAUGGUUGGCAUGUUGAAGCAGUAGAUUGUACCAAUUUCCACCAUAAUGGUAUUAGAUUUGAAGGAUUACAAAAUUUAUCAAACCUGAACUUUCUCAAAUGGCUUUGUAUUAAGAACAGUAAACAUGUAGAUGUAUGGUGUCUCGACAGGAUUGCUGGUCAAAAUGGUGAUAGUUUAGAAUAUUUAGACAUAAGUGGAUGUAACUUAUGUGUAGGUAGCAUAUUUGCUCUGCGUCGAAUGACGGCUUUGAAAUUAUUAGUUAUCACCGACCCUGGAGAAAAUUUGUCUGUACAAGCUGCCUUGUCAAUAUUAGAAGAAGAGAAACCCAAUUUACUAAUUAAAGUUUUAGACCAAGUCACAUAG